AUCCCCUCCAUGGCGCGCCAGCUAGUCGAGCUUCUAGCUCCUUCCGUCGCCUUCCGCGAGUCGAACGUGGAGACCAACAGGAAGGUGUGGGACCUCUAUGCCAAGGACUGGAGGCCUGACUGCGAGUGGGUGCGGAAGAUGGCGGACAACCUUGGGGAGGAGUGGAAUGAUGCGGAUCUUGAGUUCAUUGGGGACGAGUGGAGUGACAGGUACUCCCUCCAGCAAGUCCUCGACGAGUUCAUCCUCCCCUACUGCCUACAAGGCUGCAAGGCUAUGGAGAUCGGAUGUGGAGGGGGGCGGGUAGCUGUGAAGGUGAUUCCUUCGUGCGGCGAGUUCCACUGUGCAGACAUUAGCUCGGAGAUGCUGAGGAAGGCCAAGCAGAAGGUCAAGGAGCUGGGGCUGGAAGCAGGGCGAAAGGUAGCCUUUGACUACCUCGAGGCUGCUCAGCUGCCGGCGGAUUGCACUGAGACGUUCGACUUCAUCUAUUCCUUCGACUGCUUCCCGCACUGCGACUCUCACACCAUCUUCCAGUACCUCAAGGAGAUCCGGCGAGCGCUGAAGAGCGAAGGAAGGGCGAUGAUCCACACGGCAAACAUCACGACCGAGCCAGGUUUCAAGAGGUUCGCCAAGCAGAAAGAAGCAAGCGUUCAAGGGUUUUGCUUCACUUCGCCGGACAUCAUUCGCACGCUGGUGAAGAACGCAGGAUUGGAGAUCGUGAAAGAGAGUUCGGUCGACGGGAACAACAUCUACUACAGUCGUGAUUUCCUUUGUGUAUUGCGAAAGUCAGGAUGA